UUAUUUCUGUCAAUAGCCGAGGAAAAUCAAAACCACCACUCUGCCCCUCGUCUAACCUGUUUUACUUACUAGCUCCCAUCGCCAAAUGGGUGAAGAAAAUUCGGGACGAAGUGCAAAUUUCGGGCUUAGUGAACAUAAAUAUAUAUAAUAACUAGUACACAAGCUUGGUCCAGCGCUCGCGACGACGGAGCACGUCCUGGCGUUUCAUAAUUCUCUCAAUGUAGGCCUCGCGUAUACCGGAACGGACUGGGGCUUUUCAUUUUACGGCGUUGUGCGAACACCCAGGAACCCAACGAGUGACGAGGGAAGAAGUUCCGCUCCUUUCCUAGUGUACCACCAUCGGAACAGGUGUCUUCUUUUGCAGAACGCACCAAGAACGCAUCGCAUCGGGAGCAAAGAUGCAUGGUUGGACACCUCGUAUGAUGGUGCACUGGCUGUGCCUGGCAGUGUUUGUGACCGUCCUGCUGGUGCAGUGCGACAGCAAGGACCCUUACGGCACCCUGGGCGUAGAGCGGAAAGCUACACUGCAAGAAAUCCGGCGAGCCUACAAACAGCUAGCAAAGGAAUGGCAUCCGGACAAAUCAAAGCACCCCGAGGCGGAGCAACGAUUCGUCGAAAUCAAGCAGGCGUACGAGCUGCUUUCCGACUCGGAGCGCCGGAAGGCGUACGACCAGUACGGCAUUACGAACGAGGAUGCAAUCGUUAAUCGGGAACGGCCCGAUUACACCACGUACAGCCGCUUCCAGGAUCCGUUCGAACACUUUUACGGUGCACAUAAUUUCAACUUCCACGACCAGGACAUUAGUCUAUACCACCGGCUGUCGAUCACCGCCAAGUACUACGAGACCAACAUCCUUCCCAAAAGCCGCCAGACUCCGCAAAUACUGAUGUUCUACGCCGACUGGUGCUUCGACUGCAUGAAAGCGGCCAACUCGUUCAAAAAGAUGAUCGACACACUCGAACCAUACGGCGUGACGUUCGCCACGAUCAAUGCGGGCCAUGAGGAGCAGCUGGUUCGCCGGACCGGUGUCCACUCGCUACCUUGCAUUGUUAUGGUGCUCGACGGCCACAACUACAUCUACCGCGAGAGCGUUUUCAAUGCACAGCAUCUGGUCGAUUUCAUUCGGCAGAAGAUGCCUUACAAGCUGCUGACGCCUGUGACGGACGACACGCUGGACGCCUUUCUCGCCGGCUGGACCGACAAUCGAGCCCGUGCGCUUAUUCUGGAACCGAGGGUCCAGCCACGGUUGCGCUACCUGAUAACGGCGUUUCAUUUCCGCGAGCGCGUCGCGUUCGGCUUUGUCGCAUUGAACGGGCACGCCACGCGACACAUACAGGAACGCUUUAAAAAUCAUCCAAGCCUAGAUACACUGUUGUUGUUCAAUGAAUUUCCAGCUCGGCCGGUCGCCAGUAUCUCCAUGUCCGACAUUCCGACACUGACGCUCAACAACGUGAUAGGGGUGAACAAAUUUUUGGUGCUGCCCCGGCUGUCUUCACAGCCUGUCCUGGAUGGUGUGUGCCCAGUCGAGUGGAAUCGGCCACGGAAGCGACUUUGCGUUGUGUUAGUGACUGAAAAUACGAGCUUGCACGAUGGAGCCAGGCAGAUGCUGCGCCGGAUCGCUCUCGAGUCGAGCUUCAGUCGGGAACGGGUGCGGUUUGCUUACAUCUACCGGGAGAAGCAGGACGAGUUUAUCGGGGCACUGUCGCAGAACAAUCAACUACUGCAGGACGCGCUACUCAAGCUGGUUAUCUUGUGGCGCCGCGACACUAAGCACAUCCGGUACGAGUGGCUGCAUGAGGUGGUGCUACAGGUAGACCGAGCUUCGGCGGAGAACGAAACGCACGAUCAAUUCUUCAACAGCACCAAGCACAAGGUAGACAGUGCAAUUCAGCGUUUGUUGCGUACGUCAGAGGCACUUAGUUACGAGGCGGAAGUGAAGGAUUUACUAGACGAGCAUGCCCAAUGUCUGGCAAUACGCAUGCUCAACCGGCUUCUGCUGGCGAUUGAGUUCAUGACCGACAAUGUCGGCCAGGAACAUAUUCUGCCGGCGCUCUCUGUAAUUGGGACAAUCGCGUUCAUUUUCAUUAUCGGGUAUCUGAUGUCCUAUCUGUUGCGCCUGGAAGAGGAGGACAUUCAGCAGAAACAAGGAAAAAAUCUCGAAAAUAUGAACGGUAAAGCGUCCAGCUACGUCCCAGAGCUAAGAUUGCACGAGCUGCGAGCGGAAAAGUAUAAUGGAUUAGUGCGGCUGCUAAAACCCGGCUGCAGGACGAUUGUGUUGCUGACCGACAUGCAAUCGCGUCCAAAACUAAUAUCUGCCUUUCACAAAGCAGUUUGGCCUUAUCGAAAAAACAAAACGCUCAUGUUUGCGCACAUGCUCAUCGAGAAGGGCAUCGGUUGGUAUGCAGAGUUGCUGCGCCUAUCGCUUUCAGAGUCCCGAGAAAUGAAAAUCAAUCCACGCAACUGCAUCGGCACUGUGAUUGCCCUGAAUGGCCAUCGAAAAUACUUCUGCAUGUAUCACGCAAAGCACCCGGAAUCGAACCGUGGUGCGAAGCGAAUGAUAAAAAUGACGCGACAUCUUACCUCAAUGCCGUCCGACCCCGAGGCUGGAGCAUUCCUCGGCAUGGAAAGCUCCGAUUCCGAGGCUUCCAUGUCUGACGUAUCCGAGCCGAAAAUCCUGCUCGAGGAGAAUCUGCUCGAUGGGCUACCAAAUUGGCUCGAUCGCCUGUUCGAAGGGACGACGCAUCGGUAUUAUAUUAAUUACUGGCCCGAUUUCACCUCCAAAUAGAUUGGGACAGCGAAAGUUUAACAAAUGUAAGGGCUCCCUUCCCUCUCUUUUCUCCCUUUUCUUCUUCUGCUAGUCACUUCCGCGCAAUGGGUACAGCAAUUUGUACUCUCUAUCUCUUUCUCUAUCUUUCACGAAUGCUGUCGAACAAAUGUUUUACCACAAGUUGCUAAAACAAAGGAACAAUGCGGUGAUUAGCUGGGUAUAACCGAUGAUGCAACCACUUCCUUCUCUAUCGUCUCUUUUAUUGUUAACCGGAAAAUCGAGAAGAUUAUUGUUCUAGUCAAUUUCUUUCCCAGCUUUAACCGGCUCGUAAUGAGAAAGUGGUACCUUGUAGCUGCUGCGCGCGUUGGAAACCACAUAUUUUCAUUUAAAAACAUCACCUAGCCAAAGACCGAACUGCUACACCAGAGUGUUGUUAAUAGUACUCGUAGGCCGGUGUAGUUCUCUGCGAAGCUGCGCAUGUGUGUUCACUAAGUUUAAUGGUAUUUAUUAUUUAAAAUAGUCAAAUGAAAAGGCAACAAAUGCCUAUUCUUGUGCUAUAUAUACCGCGAAAUAAAAAUAGCACCACUAUCUUUCCUUUCAAUUUUUUCAAUGCUUCAAGCAAUGAAAAUUGUAUAUAAAGAAUCAAAAUUCCUUUCCUUUGAAAACAUUAUUGAACGAAAAAAAAAGAUUGCUGAAGUUCGAAAAUCAGUUGCUAAACGAAUAGCACCUCCUAAUAAAAGUCACCACUUUUUAUAAUUUGGCGUGUGUUGCUUGUAGCUUUGGAGAAUUUCUCAGUCAUUUUUAAAUAAUUGGAAUCUAAAAUAGCAGGUUGGAAACCAUGGACAGAUCAGAAUAUCUUAACAUCGAAAGGAAAAGCAUGCAUUAAACAGUUUUGUUAUCAUAUGUUAGGACGGGUGCGAUUUUACUUUUAGAUUGAAUAGGUUAUUAACCAUAUUUAUCCAAGAAGUGGUUUCAGAAAGCUUGUGUCUAAAAAUGGGAAAAGAGAAGCUAGUUUACAUAGAAACAAAGUAUAAUCGGAUUUUUUUUACCGAUUUCUCAACUUUACACCAACUUAGCCAUACACCACUGAAACAAACAUUUAUAAAAAAAAUCAACUACUCAUCAUCAAUUGAUACUAACAAGUAAGUGGUGCUAUUUCUAUUUCGUUGUCUGUAGCUCAGUGCUGAAGCCCAUCGCUUGCCAUGAAACAAAAUGCAAACCAAAUAAAGACGACGCAUUUACAAACAACCGACGAUGCCAUUAGAAUCGGUAACAACAAUCAAGAUUGCGAAGAGGGUAGUGGAUAUGCUGCUACGUGCUGCAUGUGUAACUAUGUGAAACGAACGGAGCCCAGCAACGAACUCCAUUCCAUUUGAUCCAAGCGCAGGAAACCAGCCGAAACGGGGAGUAAAGAUAUUUUUUAACCGUGUUCAACGCGAAUGCUCAUUUCUUGCUUCAAGCACAAACGGACAAAAUAGAUUGAAACAUGUAAUCUUAAAUGGUCCAAACCAAACUACAACAAUAAUCCCUUGCUCUCUCUCUCUCUCUAUCUCUAGGAGCUAUCUGAAAACAAACACCACAAGAAAAGGAACUUAGUUCUAAAUCAUGUUGAAGUAGCAUCUAUGAUCCUUCUGCGCAAGGCAUUAGACCAGUGUGUCGGGCAAAGCAAAAAUGAGUUCGUUACCGUUGUCAGGAGAAGUCCGAUGUUUUUUUGUUUGUCCUUGCAAACAUACUUUGUCGACUGCCGCUAAAAGACACACCGGUGUAAGCUACAUGGCGUUAGAAACCCAUCGGCUCAUCGGUUAAAAUGUCUGUGCCAGCCACGGGGUGGGUGCUGUAUUAUUAGAAUCAUCUCUUAAAGAUUUUUGGACAAACCAACUACGCAAAAUGAUGAAGAUAUCUUACAUUAAUUAGGCACCAUACGAGACCCUAACGCUAGUAAAUUAUUCAAAUAGUUAAUUGUCAGAAAACUAAAUUCUCAAGAAAGCAAGAAAAUGAAAUAAACAUUAAAUUAAUAAUAUUUAGGAUGGUAUGUUCACGGCACAUGUGCCUCUUUUACAGUUGCAGCAUGGCCAUUCUGAACAGCUACACGAUGACUUAUAUUGUUGCACUCGUGAUUUUUUAAAUGGCAGACUCGCAUCUA